UUGAAAUCAAGUUCCAAUGUGAUUUUCAAUCUUUUUUUGUAUAAAAUUCUCCUGUAAAUGUAAGUUAACAAUCAUUUAUUGAGCAAAUACAUGGAUUCUGACGAAGAUUUGAACCAAUAUCGGAUACUACAUGAGUCGCCAACUCAUUGGAGAUUACGGAAAAUGUUCAUUCAAGAGCAUCGAAAAAGUCUUCCUGAUGAUGAAUUACGUUGCCUCUCUCAAGUUUUGCUGAAUAUUGAAUUCCUCGGAUGCGUUUAUCCGCAAGAAACAAUGCGUCGUGUCGAGGCUCUGGCAAGCGAUAUCCUCAAAAAGUUCCGUCAAAGCUCCCAAGGCAGCAAUAAACGAACAUUGGUAUCCGCACAAGAGACAACAGCAAACAAAUAUCGCAAACUUGACGAUGGUUCGGCGAUUUCGACAUCGAUGAGUAAGAAAAUGAACAUCAACUUUGUGAAAGCGACCGAAGAAAUUGAGGAAACUGGAUCAGCUGAGCAUCGAAAGUUCCGAAAAUUGUUGAAAAAUGUCGUUUUGUUCAAAGUGACUGACGAAGCAGGCGAAGUUGUGUACAACAACUCGAUGCGGAAGACAAUUGAUCAGAACAGACAAGCACAAUGGAGUGAAAGCUGCGUUCAAACGACUUUUUCUUGCAGUUUGGAUGGCGUUCAACUCGUAAAAGUCGAAGCUCAGAGUCAAAAAAAGGCAAAAGCAGCAGGAAAUGAAAAACUUUACAAAUUACUUCAGAACUAUUGUCAUUUAUUGGUAAAGAAAGCGAAAUUCUUCGGAGGCGAUGUCGAAAAAGUCGAAAAACCAGGAGGACAAAUUAUUGUUGACAAGCCACAAGUGAAGAAAAAUACGAUUGAAACGUACGAGGAACACAAAUUGGGACAAAACAACAUUGGAUUUCGCAUGUUGAAGGCUCUCGGAUGGAAAGAAGGCGAUAACCAAAAGGGAAUUGUCGAUCCAAUUGGGCUUUCGGUCAAAAUAGGGCGUGCCGGACUCGGAAGUGAACCAAAAAAGGGCAAAAAAUUGAACAUUUCCUACUUUCGACAACUCAUGAUCAACUUUCGAGACAGCGGAUCAGAUUUCGAUUUGAUUUUUUCUUCGGAAUUUGCGAAAGAAGAACGCGCUGAACUCCACAAACUCGCACAAAGGUUAGGAUUAAAGUCAAAAAGUGACGGCAAAGAUGAUGACAGAUAUUUAACAGUGCGACGCAAAACUGGAUUAACUCCUUUAGAAAUUGUUCAACGAAUUCAGGACGGAGAUCCUUUUUAUUCUGCAAUUUGGUCUUUGGAAUCUCCUCUUCUACAAGACUACGAAACUCUUGACUUGUAA